AUGUCUUCCGAGGACAAGUACGAGACGUUGGAGAAGAUUGGCCAUGGAUCCUUCGGUGUCAUCCGCAAAGUUCGGCGGAAGGCCGAUGGCUUCAUCAUGUGCCGAAAGGAAAUCUCAUACCUCCGAAUGUCACAAAAGGAGCGCGAGCAGCUCCACGCCGAGUUCCAGAUCCUGUCGACCCUCCGCCAUCCCAACAUCGUCGCCUACUACAACCGUGAACACCUCAAGGUCAGCCAAGACCUGCACCUGUACAUGGAGUACUGCGGCAACGGCGACCUCGGUCGUGUCAUCAAGGACCUCACAAUGAAGGGCCAACGGGCACAAGAAAGCUUUGUCUGGAGCAUCUUCAGCCAGCUGGUCAUGGCCUUGUAUCGGUGCCACUAUGGCAUCGACCCGCCCGAGGUUGGCGCCAAUGUUUUGGGUUUGACACAGGGAGCUGCGGCAGGUCCCAAGGUUCCUGCUGGAACUAUGACUAUUCUACAUCGUGACUUGAAGCCCGAGAAUGUCUUCCUCGGUGAGGACAACUCGGUCAAGCUUGGAGACUUUGGUCUCUCCAAGAUGAUCAAGUCCCACGACUUUGCUUCUACCUACGUCGGCACACCAUUCUACAUGUCGCCCGAGAUCUGUGCCGCCGAAAAGUACACACUCAAGUCUGACAUUUGGUCCCUGGGCUGCAUCAUCUACGAGCUCUGCGCACGAGAGCCUCCAUUCAACGCCAAGACGCAUUUCCAACUUGUGCAAAAGAUCAAGGAGGGCAAGUUCCCCGCCCUGCCUGAUGUGUACUCUCCCGAGCUUGGCCAGGUCAUCAAGGACUGCCUCAGGGUCAACCCUGACCGGAGACCCGACACGGCAUCGCUGCUUAGCCUGCCUGUUGUCAGGCUCAUGCGCAAGGAGAAGGAGGUUGUGGACCUCAACAAGUCGCUUAAGCUGAGGGAAGACGCUCUCCGUAAGAAGGAGAGGGAAGUGAUGGAGAGGCUCGCUGGCCUUGAGAUGGAGAAGGAGCUCAUCCGAGAAGAGCUAGACUCGUCGCUGCGGAGAGAGUGGGAGGUCAAGGCCCGCCUCAAGAUUGAUCACCUGGUGAACGCCGAGGUUGAACAACUACAUAUCCGCUUCGAAGAAGAGGUACAGGCUCGGGUGGAGGAGGAAGUCCAAGCCCGUAGUCGCGAGGACGAGCACCCGACAUCACCAGCCAAGUCCGAUUUCAAGCCGGAUUACCCUCACUCGUCGGUCAACACCAGCGGAGACGAGUUCCCCUCGACAACGGACCUCACUGAGUACUCCAUCGAUAGCCCCGAGAGCUUCCGGGAGACGAAGAAGACGACACGCACCCCCUUCGCCCGUGCGCAGACCAUGUUUGUGGGCAACGCUGCUAAUACGCCCAUGGACAUUGAGAUGGGCUCACCCAGCCCCAUCGCCGCCAUCGAGUCGCUGUCCCUAUCACCUCGUCGCAAUGGAGGUACCAAAGCCCCGACAUACAACGCGAGUAACAUCUUUACGGCCAACAUCUUUGCCAACAACGCCAACCGAAGCUCGGGCGAGAGCCGGUGGGAUAACCCUCGUGGCGAGCCGUCGUUGUCUGAUUCUGAGGAUGAUGAUAUUAUGCCCUCGCCGACUCGCAACAUCAAGUCGUCCAAGAACCCCUUCACAUCAAAGACGCGCCCUGUCUUGACAUCACAGAAGUCGUGCCCCAUCAACCGACUCAAGCCUGCAGCCUCGAACCCCGGCUUUGUCUCGAAGCAGAUCAUGCCCCAAGCCGAGUCUGGUCCUAGAUCUCCCGGUCGGCGACUCAGCAAGAUACCAUCUGCGGCGUCGCUCGUGCCUGAGGCUAGCACUGCUCAGGGUCUGACUCGCACUCUGUCGCUUAACAGCAACAGGAAGAAUGCGGACGAGGCGAUGGGUAGAAUGGUUGCCAAGAACAACAUGGCCAACAUCAAGGGCCGAACCCUCGUCGAGCUGCAACAGGCUCGUGCUGGCGGACGUCCCAUGAGCGCUGUUGUUCUCCCCACCACUGGUGAGAACGUGAGCCCCAAGAGGGCAUUCAGAGACCGCAUCGGCCUUGAGCGGAAGUCGAGCGGCGACGAGCCCGUGGCUGUAUGGGAUCCAGAACGUGACGAGAUGCCCAGUCCAUUCCUCGUCCGAGCUCGACGCAUCGCCCGGGUAUAG